AUGGCUGAAGAGGGCCAACAGCGACCCGUGAACACGGCAUUUGCGCCACCGCCGCCCUUAUGGAAACACUUUACGCGCGAGAAUAUCGACAAGCUGGACGAGAUCAAAGCCGAAGCUUCCAAGGGUGAAGACGGGCGGCCGAAUAAGAAAAAGCAGUGGACAUCAGCAGAAUUGCGCGCUCUAGAGCUACCUUCAGAGCUCCGAUACCUCGUGCCGCCUAACAUCCCUGACGGGCAAUACAGUGUCUUUGGCGAAUUGCAAACCCUAUCUACUGCACUACCCUCACUACAGGAACAAGGAAUUGAACAGCUCUACCCAGAACCCUCUACAGCCGACGAUUCUUCGCAGCCCUCCCCUCCCCUCAACCACGCAUACUACCUUCUCAAAAUCAGCAAAUCUCUGCUGCUCAACUUCCUGGAAUUUGUCGGUGUCUUAUCCGUAUCACCUGAGCAAUUUGAAUCUAAAGUCGAGGAUCUGCGCAACUUGUUCAUCAACGCCCAUCAUCUUCUCAACCUCUACCGUCCCCACCAAGCCCGCGAAUCACUCAUCAUGAUGAUGGAAGAACAGCUCAAACACAGCCGAGAGGAAAUGAACCAAAUGGAUAAAGUCAAAGCGGAAGUGGAAAGCGUCCUAGAGCAAUUACAACUAGAGGGUACUCGUGCGGACGCAGCUAGGUUAGAGCAGGAUACCGACCACGCCAAAGCGCUGAGAGAAAAGGCCGAUGAGCACUCUCGACUGAUUUGGGAUCUAUUGGAUAAGGAAAACUGA